GCCAACGUGAGUUGAAGCACCCCAGACAGGACGUGACGUCACAGCUCCUAAUCCCUAACCUCGACCUAAAGGAAGCGGGAAGGUGAUCUUUGCCCCCACUUGCUUCUUUCCUGACCGCUGCACCGUGCUUGUCCUCUUCCGCCCGACGUCUGCACACGGCACGCCACGGAAAGACGACGAGGAAAGACAAAAAGAAAGGUCAUUUCACCUGACCAGUGGAGUUUUAUGAGCUGAAAUACCUGCCUGGUGUGACUGUGUGGGCGACGUAUGUUUCCAGUAAUCGUGGAAGUGAAAAUUGAGAGAAGAAAAAGGAGUUGUAGAUACAAACAUCUGCUACCGCCAUGUUGUGUGUCAGCAAAAGGUCACCCGGCUGGAGCGCCGCUACUUUGACAUUUUCACACCUGGCACUUCCCGUUGACAUCCUCCAAGGCGAUGAACGCUGACGCGCCGAUCCGCGACGACGAAGGCGCCGCUAAAAAGAUGGCGGGUGUGUUUGGGACGUUCCGUAAGAGCAUCCGUCAGGCAGCGGAGAAGAGCCCGCGCCUGCCUGGACAGAGAGGGUCAAAGGUCAGCGAGUCGGGGUCUGAGCACUCCAAAGCUCCGCCCUCUCCCAGUGUCACAUCUCCUCUGAGGAGCGUGGCGGCGCUCUUCCAGGCGAAAGACGAGGACGGCGAGAAAGGAGGAGCCAUGAUGCGUUCAAAGACAGAUCCCAACAUGGCCACUCUCUUGAAGAAGGGAGCGUCCAUCCGCCGCAGCCUGAGGUUUGUCUCCAGGAAGGACAAGAAGCAGGAGGCCUCCCUCGCCGUCCAGGAGGGGUCGUCGAAGGAGGAGGAGGAGGUAGCGGAGGAGGCGGCGUGGGAGGAGGUGGAAGAGACUUACAUGCUGCCUGAGUUACCUCACACGCCUCUGUCAGUGAUGCAGAUUAACAAGCUGAUUGAGAUGGAGGUCCUGGAGGAGGCCCACCUCAACCUGCUGGCCCUGCGCCUGGAGUUCCGGCAGGAAUGGCAGCGCAGCGGCCAGGACUCGCCCAUGGAGCUGGCCAAGAAGGAGAAGGACCUGAGCAUCCUCUACUCGGACCUGCGCCGCAAGAUCGCCUCCAUCGUGCGCACCUCCGUCUCCCUGCCCUCCAGGAACAAGGGCCUCCUGGUCCACGUGGCCCGCAUAGUCCAGGAGGAGGACAAGCGGGCUCAGGAGCCCGGGGGUCUCCAAGGGAGCUGGAUGGAGGCCUGGAGGGAGGCGGUGGGGGAGGGGGUUAGGGACAAAGUGGAGAGCGUGCACCUGGAGCAGAGUCACUUGAACGCCUCGUGGCUGGCCGUGCACCUGGGGCUGCUGGGCAAGGCCGUGGUGGAGGACCUGGAGACCGUGAAGAGGGACAUCCGCUGGUCCUACCCCCGCAGCUUCAAGGUCUUCAGCACCUACGUGGAGCGCUACCACGCCGCCAUCAAGCAGCACCUCAACAAGCUGCUGCAGCAGUCCACGCACCUCAAGGACCUCUACGCUCUGCUGGACUGGAUCGUCCACCGCUACCACAGCGAGAGGAUCAUGGGAAGUCCCGCCCUCCAGCCUGACAUGACAGAGGAAAAGGAGAAUCUGCAACUGGACGAGGACUUCCUGCUGCAGCUGAGAGAGAAGUUCUGCAUCACAGUGAAGGAGGACAUGAGAGCUUUUAUGAUUCGCCUCAUUGAGCUCGAAAACGAGGAAAUGUGGACGGCCAGGAAGCGCCCCGACAGAGAGGAGGACUUCCUCAACUCGCACUUCCACAUGGACAUCUGGACGAAAGUGAAAGGGACCGUCGUCAACGCCCGACGCAUCGACGCUCAACUGGAAUGCAAAGUAAUCACCUCCUGUCUGCAAGAGUUACGUGAUUUCCCAAUGAGGUUUUAUGCUGCCUUCCAACUUCACUGCUCGCCCCUGCGUCCUCAGUCGCUGUGGAGCGAGUACAACAUCACCUACAUCAACGGCUUCACCGCCUUACUGCAGCACAUGGAGGACUACCAGCAUCAGUGUGCCGAUCUUGUGGAGGCCAUGAAGGAGGAGGUGCGGUGUCUCCACUCCAAGCUCCUGCAAGGCCUGGCGGAGCAGUUUAAGGUGGAGGUCAAGCCUUAUUUAGGGAGGAUGAUGACCAGGAAGUGGCUCACUAACGACGAGGACUUCAAUCAACUUUACGACCGCACCGAGCUGCUGUCUCAGCAAUGCGACGCCAUGAUGCCGCCGCAUAGCCAGGAUCUUGCUAGCGAGCUGCACCACUACGUGAUGAAGGAGUACGUGGGCCAGCUGAUGAAGAACAAGUACUCGUGCAAGAACCGCAAACACGAGAAGGCGGCCGGCAAGAUGAGAGCGCAGUGCUCCAAGCUCAGAGAGCUCUUCCAAGACAUGAGGUCGUCAAAGGACUGGCUCUACCCUGUGGGAGACCAUCUGAGUGAUAUCAUCGGUGAGAAGAACAAGGCGGACAUCAAGAACCGCCUGCAGCCUCUGCUGGAACAAUACCCUGACUUCAGUUCCAGACACCUGACGGCAGUCCUGGCCUUCCGAGGCCUGCCGAGAGCUCGCGAGCAUCAGCGGAUCCUGCUGAGUCUGGGCCGGCUGAGGAAGACCAGGACCUUCAAAGACUCUGACCACAGUCGCGUGGAUUUCUUCGGCGGCAUGGAGGUCACGGUCCGCACAGACUGCCUGUCCCGCCUGUCCUUCUUCUGCUUCACCGCCGUGUUUCCCGGCAACUAGCCACGCCCCCUGGCUCUCCUAGAAUGAGACCGGUUGCUCGACCGAGAACUGGGUCAACGUCUGCUUUGUGUCGGAAACAAAGUGCUUGGGAUUCUUUGGCCAGCAGCGUGAUGAUGGUUUACACCAGAGGUGUAGUUGAGGGCCACCUCCCAGUUAUGGCUGUCCUCACAGGGCGAUUUUAAUUGAUGUGGCACACGACAUUUAAUGAUGUGGUGGUCAUCAUUGAAUGACCUGGUGGACUACAUAAAAUGUGGUGACAGGCCACGUUAAAUGAUAUGGCAGACUACAUGAAAUAAUGUGAUGGUCCUUAUUAAAUGAUAUGGCGGGCCAAAUAAAAUGAUGUGACAGGCCACAUAAAAUGAUGUGACAGGCCACAUUAAAUGUUUACGGCCCACUUUAAAUGAACUGGCGGACUACAUAAAAUGAUGUGAAGGGCCACUAUAAAUUAUAUGGCGGACUACAUAAAAUGAUGUGACGGGCCACAUUAAACGAUAUGGCGGACUACAUAAAAUGACAUGGCGGGCCACAUUAAAUGAUAUGGCGGACUACAUAAAAUGAUGUGACAAGCCACAUUAAUGACAUAAAAUUAUGUGAUGGGCCAUUUUAAAUGAGAUGGCGGGCCACAUUAAAUGUCAUAGUGGACUACAUAAAAUGAUGUGACGGGCCGCAACAUUAAAUGAGAUGGCGGGCUACAUAAAAUUGUGACGGGUCACAUUAAAUGACAUAAAAUGAUGUGAAGGGCCAUUUUAAAUGAGCUGGCGGAGUACAUAAAAUGAUGUGAAGGGCCACAAUAAAUGACAUGGCGGACUACAUAAAAUGAUGUGACGGGCCAAGAUAAAUGAUAGGGCGGACUACAUAAAAUGAUGUGACGGGCCACAUUCAAUCCAAUCCACUUUAUUUAUAUAGCACAUUUAAACAAAAAUGUUUCCAAAGUACUGCACAACAAUAUUAAAAACAAUAUUCAAAUAUUAUCCUUAACUCCACCAAUGACUGAAUAAAAACAAAAAAUAAAUAUAAAAACAAUAAAAAUAAAUAUAAUUUAAAAACGAUUUUAAAAGGGUAAAACCAAUUAAAACAGUAAAUAGAAAUCAAAAUUUAAAAAAACCCCACAGAGGACCACACAACUCAUGUAGUGUAAAAAACCAAAGAAUAAAAGUUGGUCUUAAGACGAGACUUAAAACACUCCACUGUGGGAGCAGUUUGAACAUGGAGGGGCAGAGUGUUCCAGAGCUUAGGGCCGACCACAGAGAGGUUCUGUAUCCCCUGGAUUUAAGUCUGGUCUUGGGCACCACGAGCUGGAGUUGGCUCUCGGACCUCAGAGCGUGCGCAGGAGUGUAAAUUUGGAUGAGGUCCGAGAUAUACUGAGGUGCCAGUCCAUGUAAAGCUUUAAAAACAAACAGCAAGGUUUUAAAAUCAAUUCUAAAAUGAACAGGGAAAUGUCAUAGUGGACUACAUAAAAUGAUGUGACGGGCCACCACAUUAAAUUACAUGGCGGACUACAUAAAAUGAUGUGGCGUACAACAUAAAAUGAUAUGGCGAGUCACAUAAAAUGAUGUGGUGGGCCACAUUAAAUGAUAUGGUGGACUACAUAAAAUGAUGUGGUGGACUACAUAAAAUGAUAUGGCGUACAACAUAAAAUGAUGUGACGGGCAUCAUUAAAUUACAUGGCGGGUUUCAUUAAAUGAUGUAACAAACCACACUGGAUGAUAUGGCAGACAACAUAAACAUGGUAUGACACCUAAACGACUUGGACUACAUAAAAAAAUGUGGCAGGCCACAAAAUGAGGUGGCGGCAUCAAUAAAUGAUAUGGCGGGCCAGAUAAAAUAAUGUGGCGGACCACUAUCACACUUUCAUUGCUUCCUUUGGACUCGUAUUGAGCAAUGAAAAACUAGAGAACUACAAAAAGACAAUAAAACCCUCUAAAAGCCCACCAAGUAGCAACAGUAGCUUUUAGGGGCGUCCAAAAAAAAAAAAAAUCGAUCUUCGAAUGAUUCCUAUUUUUAACAAUCAAUUUUAAAAAAUUAAUUUUACAUUUUGUAUUUAUUUUUGUUUUAUUUUUUUAAUCUGUCCACUCAGACAAAUCAUCAUGUUGAUGCAGAUGAUCUAUAUCUGCUGUAUGGAUUGACUUUAGGAGAGAGAAGUGUUGGAUACUUCUCUUGUUGCUUUAUUUGUAUUGACUUUAUUCAACGUUUGGCUAGAAUUGUAUUAAAACCAGUUUUAUUUUGAGUAAAUGUAUCAGAGCUGUUAUCUAUUUUAUGGAGGAAUGUAGUUCAUCAUAGAACUGGCACCCAACAUUAUUAAAAAGUAUUGAUUUUGAAUUGAGAAAUGUGAAUCAAAUAGUUACCCCCAAGAAUCGAAUUGACUCGUGUGGUCUGUUGUCCGCUAAUUAAUCAAGUGUAAGUGGAAAUUUCCACUCUACUUUAAGUUUGACCGCCAUCAAGUUGCCGACAUGACGCUUCUGUGGUUAUCAUCACACUUGCCGGCUCAAAUUCCCACCGAGCUGCGGCGUGUGUAGGACAAUGAUGCUGUUGCCAUGGUGACGGACCGUUGUUCCACUUGACCCGGACAAGAUGCUCCCCUUUACUGUGGGAAACCGAAUGUGAAACACUUUAAAAAAAAUUUUGGGACAAGUAAAUAUUGGCAGCAGUUGAACGAGUGCUUCUUCUGGGAAAUCAUUUAUUUGAAAUGUCUUAAUCCGGAAUUUCCCUCCAAGAUGUCUUCUUUCUUUUCUUUCCUGCAUUGCAUGCGAGGUAACAGGAAGUGGCGGUCUUGUGAUGAAACAUCGGCCACAUUUUUAGGGGUAUUUUGAAGGUUCUCUUGCAAGCAGGGGGUUUUUUGUCUUUGUGGCCUCUCUUUGCUCAUAUUUUUAGUUUCACUUUCCUCGCCUUCUAAGCGUGCCAUGAAUCAUUAUUUGGCAGAGCAAACUUGACUUCAUUGUGCUCCACUCCUCACUGAAGGAAUGUUUCUUUUAUUGCCUUGUUGGCAGGGUAGGGUGGAGGGUUGUCAAAAUGUGGCUGCAUGUGGUGGUAGGACAAAGAAUUGCUCAGUUAAAUAUUACACAACACUGUUACAGUGGCCAAAUAUUAAAUAAUACCAUUGCCUUGUUUUUGAUAAAUACUUAGGCCUACUGCGCUACUGUAUUUUAAUGAUGGUGGUACUCUGAGAACCGAGUGUUUUCUGAGGUACUACUUAGUGGUGAAAAUAAAAAUCCAGAAUAAUGGGUUCAGAUAAUUAACCACUCCUUUCCCAUAAAGGGAGCGCUGCAGGUGCCCACUGGCCCCUCCCACCGCUGAGAUACUUUCACUUUUUGUUAUGUCGCUUGUAGGAAAGAGUUGAUUUAGUUUAACUACGAAUCUUGAUCUAUAUCUAUAUAUAAUCUAUAUCUGUAUCAUGAAUCAAUUUAAGUGGACCCCGACUUAAACAAGUUGAAAAACGUAUUCGGGUGUUACCAUUUAGUGGUCAAUUGUACGGAAUAUGUACUUCACUGUGCAACCUACUAAUAAAAGUCUCAAUCAAUCAAUCAAAGGACCACCAAGGUCACAUGUUAAGUUCCACUCUUCUACUCCAAAAUGACCCAACUCAUGA